AUUAUUAUUUGAAUUAGAAUUAUUUUGCUUCAACAAUGGAGAGUUGCUCUCUUCACUCACCAGCCAUUACCAUAGUGCCUUCAUCUCUUUCCAGAGGUGGGUUCAUUGAGAAACCUCUUGGAUAUGGUCGAAUUCUCAAGCUUCCCGCUUCUAAAAGAUUCCCAAUUUCCAGAAAGUUCAGAACUUUCGAUUUCAGGGUUCAAGCUUCAGGAACAACGAAAAUCGGCUCGGAGGUAGCUGGAACAAUCUCGAACAAAACAGAUUCAAAAGAUGAGGAUCUUGCUUUUGUUGCUGGUGCAACUGGCAGGGUAGGAUCUCGAACAGUCAGGGAGCUUUUGAAACUUGGUUUUCGAGUUAGAGCGGGAGUUAGGAGUGCUCAGAGAGCUGAAAGUCUUGUGCAGAGUGUCAAGCAGAUGAAGCUCGAUGCUGAAGGAACUACACCUGUAGAAAAGCUUGAAAUUGUGGAAGUUGACUUGGAGAAACAAGAUAGGAUUGUACCAGCCAUAGGCAAUGCAUCAGUGGUCAUAUGCAGCAUCGGUGCCAGUGAGAAGGAAGUUUUCGAUAUUACUGGGCCAUAUCGCAUCGACUACCAGGCCACGAAGAAUCUUAUUGAUGCAGCAACUGUGGCAAAGGUUAACCACUUUAUUUUGGUUUCAUCUUUGGGAACAAAUAAAGUUGGAUUUCCUGCAGCUAUUCUCAAUUUGUUUUGGGGCGUCCUUGUCUGGAAGAGGAAAGCAGAAGAAGCACUCAUCGCAAGUGGUCUUCCCUACACUAUAGUUAGACCGGGAGGAAUGGAGCGUCCCACUGAUGCUUUCAAGGAAACUCAUAAUAUCACACUAUCCACUGAAGACACUUUAUUUGGAGGCCUGGUUUCAAAUCUUCAGGUGGCUGAACUCAUGGCCUGCAUGGCCAAAAACCGUAACCUUUCAUACUGUAAGGUGGUGGAAGUUGUUGCAGAAACAACUGCUCCGUUGAGACCUAUGGAGGAACUUCUUGCAAAGAUACCAUCUAAGCGCGACUACAUUUCCUUGACUAAGGAAUCUGAUACUCCCACUUCAGGACCAGCUAAGAGCAUCGUAACUGAGAAACCAGCGGUAACAGAUAAACCAAGUGCUGAACAGUUUGAUACCAAACCAACACCAAGACCACUUUCACCUUUUGCAAUGUAUCCCGAUCUUAAGCCCCCUUCAUCACCAUCUCCUAGAGCGCCGGCAACUGCACCGACGGACAGUGAGUCCAAAGGUGCUACAUUGUCAGGAAACAGCACACCUCAACCUCCAGUAGCGGAUAAACCAAUUGAUGAACAGCAUGAUACCAAACCAACACCAAGACCACUUUCACCUUUUGCAAUGUACGAGGACUUGAAGCCUCCAACAUCGCCGAUUCCAUCAUCCCCAAGGAAAUCUUAAGAGAAGAAACGACCAGUCAACUCCAAUAAGAACCACGAAAGCAAAUCGGAACUCACCACUCUAAUCAUGUGAAGCAAGCAAGCAAUUUAACCUGCGGCAGUAUUUUAUGGAAUUUUUCUUGUUAUAUGAUGCUGAGAUUGUGACACUAUAUUCUAUAUAUAUGUAUAUGCAUUUGUUCCUUUCCUCCUUUGCCAAUACUUUUGGACAUUGCUUUAUACAUUUGUACCAAUGUUCCGAAAACAUAUUAAGUUUGAUACGAAUGUAUUUUAUCUAAGGAUGUUUCGAAUUAGAU